CAGGCCAGAGCAAGUCUGGAUCGGCACGAAGCGCGGCGUGCAGGGUGGUUGUGCACGUGGACUUGGACUGCUUUUACGCGCAAGUAGAAAUGAUCCGUAAUCCUGAAUUAAGAGACAAGCCUUUAGGUGUGCAGCAGAAAUACCUCGUAGUUACCUGUAACUAUGAAGCCAGAAAACUUGGAGUUAAGAAGCUGAUGUCUGUGAAGUAUGCUAAGGAGAAGUGUCCUCAGCUGAUACUGGUUAACGGAGAAGAUCUCACCCCAUACAGAGAAAUGUCGUACAAGGUUACAGAGUUGCUGGGGGAAUUUUCUCCGCUGGUGGAAAGGCUUGGGUUUGAUGAAAAUUUUGUGGAUAUCACAGAGAUUGUAGAGAAAAGACUAAAGCAGCUACAGCAAAGUGGAUGUUCCCGAGUCUGUGUGGCUGGCCACGUGUACAACCACCAAGCUAUCAAUUUGGACAAUACAACGCAUGUAAGACUAGUUAUUGGAUCUCAGAUCGCAGAAGAGUUCAGGGAAGCCAUAUACACGAGACUCUGCCUCACAGGCUGUGCAGGAGUGGCCUCUAACAAAUUACUGGCUAAACUGGUGUCUGGGACCUUUAAACCGAAUCAGCAAACAGUUCUUCUGCCUGAAAGCUGUCUGGAUCUAAUGCGCAGCCUUGAUCAUAUCCAAAAAGUGCCGGGCAUCGGCUACAAAACUACCAAACGUCUUGAAACGCUGGGUGUUAGGAACGUGUGUGAUCUCCAAGCACUUCCGUCUGCUGUGUUAGAGAAGGAACUCGGUGUUUCGAUUGCUCAGCACAUCCAAAAACUCAGCUAUGGAGAAGAUGACUCUCCCGUGACUCCAUCAGGCCCUCCUCAGUCCUUUAGUGAUGAAGAUUCCUUUAAAAAAUGUUCAUCAGAAGUGGAAGUUAAAGAGAAAAUUGAGGAACUGCUUCCUAACCUAUUAGACAGAAUAUCCAAAGAUGGAAGACAACCACACACCGUACGACUGACCAUACGGCAGUUCUCCUCAACCGAUAAAUGGUUUAAUCGGGAGAGUCGUCAGUGUCCUAUUCCACCUCAUCUCAUUCAGAAAUUUGGAAAAGGUACAUACAACAUUAUAUCCCCAUUGGUUGAUAUACUAAUGAAACUCUUUCGAAAGAUGAUAGAUGUAGAUCUACCAUUCCAUCUUACUCUUCUGAGUGUCUGCUUCUCCAAUCUCAAAGAUCUCCCUAGCAGCAAGAAAGGGUCAAUUGGUUUCUACCUAAAGCAGAUGUCACCACCAUCAACCUCUGGUAAACGUGUGCGGGAAGUGGAAGAUGUCUCACAAGGUGAGGAAAGCAAUAGAACUGGAACUACAAAAACUAGGAAACUUUCAGAGGAAAAGAAAAGCAAUAUAAAAACCACAGGAAUUCCUGACAUCCCAUUUUGUUUGUCUCCUGGUGAUAUUGACCAGGAAGUCUUCAGGGAACUUACAGAAGAUAUUCAAAAAGAAAUUCUUUCUGAAAAAACAGAAGCAAUGCCUACCGAGAAUGUUUUGGGCCAGCCAUUGGUAUGUUUUGGAGACGAGGUACACAGCACUUCCCCAAAUUCUAAGGGACCAAAGAGCGAUCUGUACUCUGCAGGGUGCAGUACACAUCUUGCAUCAGCUCCUGGAUCUGCAGCUGUUCUGGCACACAGCUCCAGGGCCAGUUGUUCUUCCGAGAGUCCCAGAAGUGCACUGACAAGCAGCAGUAUGGAAAAACAGCCUGCUGCCUCUCUGGACUUCAGAGGGAAAGGUUUGUCCUCUCUGGAAGCUGGAGCCAGCCGGACUGUUCUGGAUAAAGAUAACCAGGCCUUUGAAACACCUUCUGAGGAUAAAACUUACAGUAGGCAACCAGGAGUUGUACUGCCUCCUCAUGUUGAUGCAAAGACUUUUUAUGAACUACCUGCAGAUGUGCAAGAAGAACUGCUAGCUGAGUGGAAGAAUCGGGAACCCGUGUCCAAGACUUCUAUGGAUAAAACCCCUGAAAAGCCCAAAACAAAUAAAGGAAGAAGGAAUACAGCACCAUGUUCGUCACAGUCUAACAGUUUGCUAAGAUACUUCAAACCACAGUGA